UCUUCUUUCUUUCUCUUUCUCUCUCUUUUGUAUGUAAGUUUCUCAAUUGUUGAUCAAUCUUGUUUAAUCCUCAUAAUCCCCUUGAAAUUGAGGCAGAACUAUAACUUCUGUAGGAAGAACUCAGUACAGGCUUCAUGAGCAUCGAAGGAGCCUUUUCCCAUACUUUUUCCUCUAUGUGGAAAUAUGAUGUCUUCCUAAGCUUUAGAGGUGAAGACACCCGUAACAACUUCACAGAUCAUCUGCACGUUGCUUUAAAGAAAAGUGGAAUUACUGUUUUCAAGGAUGACAUAGAACUUGAGAAGGGAAAAUCCACUUCGCUUGAACUCUAUAAAGCAAUUGAAGAAUCAAGAAUAUCGAUUAUUGUUUCAUCAAGAAAUUAUGCUUCUUCCACUUGGUGCUUGAAUGAACUCGUUAAGAUUUUUCAAUGCAUGAUGACAAUGAAACAUACGGUUUUUCCAAUUUUCUAUGAUGUGGAUCCAUCUGUAGUAAGGAAGCAAACAGGAACUUUUCAAGAGGCAUUUUCUAAACAUGAAGAAACAUUUAGGGAGAAUAUGGAAAAGGUGCAAAAGUGGAGAGCUGCUUUGAUAGAGGUGGCCAAUCUCUCUGGAUGGUGUCUAAAGGAUAGACCUGAGUCAAAAUUUAUUAAAGAAAUUGUCAACGAGAUAUUAAGAAGACUAAGUCAUACAACAUUGAGGACUCAUGAGGACCUUGUGGGAUUAAAUUCACGUAUAACAAGACUUUUAAGGCUUAUGAAUACAAGUUCUAAUGAAGUUCGAAUGAUAGGGAUUUGUAGAAUGGGAGGAAUAGGCAAGACAACAAUUGCAAGAGCUAUUUAUGACUUGAUCUCAUGUGAAUUUGAAGGUAGUAGUUUUCUUGCUAACGUUAGAGAAAUUUCAGAGAAAAGUGGUCUUGUUUGUUUACAAGAGCAACUUAUUUCCAACAUCCUAAGGGAAAGGAAAAUUAAAGUGUGGAAUGUCCAUGAAGGAAUCAAAAUGAUAAGAAGUAGGUUGCGGAAUUUUAAAAUUCUCAUUGUUAUAGAUGAUGUGGAUAAUAUAAACCAACUAAAUGAAUUAACUGGAAAACAUGAUUGGUUUGGUCGUGGUAGUAGGAUUAUAAUAACAACAAGAGAUAAGCAUCUUCUGAUGACACAUGGAGUGGAUUUCAUAUACGAGGCUGAGAAAUUAGCUGACGAAGAAGCUCUUCAACUAUUCAGUUUGAAAGCCUUCAAAAAUUAUCAGCCUCCAGAAGAAUAUGAGCAAGUUGUCCAAACAUGUUUUAAAGUAUGCUAGUGGUCUUCCAUUAGCUCUUGAAGUUUUAGGCUCCUUUUUGUUUGGUAGAACGAUUGAUGAAUGGGAAAGUGCAUUACAACGAUUAGGUAGAGAUUCUGAAAAAAUAAUUCUUGAUAUUCUUCAAAUUAGUUUUGAUGGGUUAAAUGAA